CUGAAGUUGAAAAUGGCGUCUCCCCAUUUCUUCAAGAUUGUUCUCGAGGAAACUCUCAGAGGAAAAAAGCUUCGGAUUCCCGCGAAGUUCAUGAAGAGAUAUGGGAAAACUCUAUCCAAGGACGUAUUACUGGAGCUUCCAUGCAGUUCCACAUGGAAACUGGGGUUGAAAAGCAGCGUUGGAUGUUCCAACAGAGUUUGGCUGGUUGAUGGUUGGCAAGAAUUUGCCAACCAAUAUUCCUUAAAAAUAGGACACGUGCUAGUGUUCAAAUAUAAGGGAAAUUCUAAGUUUCGUGUUGUGAUAUGUGAUUACUCAACAUGUGAGAUAGACUAUCCCUCUAACCCUAUCCAAUGUGAUGAACAUGAUCAGCUUAAUAACACUGAUGUGGAAAACCAACGUUCCAAGAGGAAAGAAGUCGAGGAAGGCGAUUUUCAAUCUCCAUCACCGAGUUCAAGGCCUAACAAGAGGAUGAGGACGAGUCCUAGUGGGCGGCAUGGUGUUCCUGACAAAGGUGAUGGAGAAAAAUCUACCACUAUGAGAAAUAGCAAACUCGAGGUCCUUAGAGGGAUGGAGAGAUUGACCAAAAAUGAAAAGUCGAAAGCUCUCAACAUUGCUAGUGGUUUCAAAUCAAAAAAUUCAUUUUUCAAGGUUGUCAUGCAGCCAUCCUACGUCCUAACUAAUUGCUUGAAGGUUCCGACAAAAUUUGCAAGGGAAUAUCUGAAUGAUAAAGCUUGCAAGGUGAAGCUGAAAGUUGGCGAGAACAAUUGGGAUGUAAACUACAGCUUUGGGGACUCUGCUAAAAGUUGGCCAACACCCAGAUUCAACAAUGGAUGGAGGAAAUUUUGUGAGGAAAACAAUUUGGACAUUGGUGACGUUUGUGUCUUUGUUAUGGCUAAAGACAGCGCUGAAAUCUCAUUCAAAGUCGCCAUCUUUCGUGCAAAUGAGAAUGCAAAUCCCUCCUUGUCUCCAGCGCACGCGGAUGGAAGAAUUCAGAAUAAUGAAACUGAUUCUGACUCUUCUGAUAUCGGUUGUCGUGAUGGAACUUACAUCCCUGGCACUUCUGAUUCUCCGAGGGCCCGCCUAAAACCGGAAGGGACUCGAAAGCAUCGACCACCAUUAACUGCAGCUCAAAAAGCUGCACUUCUUGAACGAUCCUGCAACUUCAAACCGAAACAUCCUUUCUUCAAAGUAGUUAUGCAGCCAUCAUAUACUAACUCCAAUUCAUAUUUGCCUGUACCGUAUGAAUUUGCAAAGAUACACAUUAAGAAGAAUCAAGUUCGUUUAGUUCCUCGCAUACCAGACGGUAGAACAUGGUUUACAGAGAACAAAAUCAGGCAGCAAAAGAAAGGACAACCAAAAACAGCUGGCCUCUAUGGUGGUUGGGCAGCAUUUGCAGUGGACAACAAUUUGGAAGUUGGAGAUGUUUGCAUCUUUGAGCUUGUUAAAGGAACCGAAAUUUUGCUUCAAGUUUCCAUUGUUCGACUUGAUGAUGAUGCAUACCGCAAAUUGUGCCAAGGGUCCGAAGCUGCAACUAGUUCAGCCAAGCUGAAGAAAAGUGUUAAGACUCAAAGGGGAAACAGAUUGUUCUAG